AAGGCUGGCGAGGCUGAGAAGACAAAUUGCCCUCAUCAUUAUCUGCGGGCUUGUCAAUCAAACGUAUUCCCUUAUUUACCUCGGCGAGGAGAGAGCCCCCGGAGCACACGGAGAGGGAGGGAGCCGGAGGAGAGGCACUCGCACGGCACUCGGCGCCGCGCAGGGAGCGCUCCCAGCCCCGCGGCAUGGCCACCAUAACCUGCAACCGCUUCACCGAGGAAUACCAGCUCUUCGAAGAACUGGGCAAGGGCGCUUUCUCCAUUGUCCGGAGAUGCGUGAAGGUGCUGGCAGGACAGGAGUAUGCAGCCAAAAUCAUCAACACCAAGAAGCUCUCUGCCCGAGACCACCAGAAGCUGGAGCGGGAAGCUCGCAUCUGCCGCCUCCUGAAGCAUCCCAACAUCGUGAGGCUCCAUGACAGCAUCUCCGAGGAGGGUCACCACUACCUGAUCUUUGACCUGGUCACAGGCGGGGAGCUCUUUGAGGACAUCGUGGCCAGAGAGUACUACAGCGAGGCGGAUGCCAGCCACUGCAUCCAGCAGAUCCUGGAAGCUGUCCUGCAUUGCCACCAGAUGGGGGUGGUACAUCGGGAUCUGAAGCCGGAGAACCUGCUGCUGGCGUCCAAGCUGAAGGGAGCAGCCGUCAAGCUGGCCGACUUCGGCCUCGCCAUCGAGGUGGAGGGGGACCAGCAAGCGUGGUUCGGUUUUGCCGGCACUCCGGGAUACCUCUCCCCAGAAGUGCUCCGAAAGGAUCCCUACGGCAAAGCUGUGGACCUGUGGGCUUGUGGAGUCAUCCUCUACAUCCUGCUGGUCGGGUAUCCUCCCUUUUGGGAUGAAGACCAGCAUCGCCUCUACCAGCAGAUCAAGGCUGGCGCCUAUGAUUUCCCUUCCCCGGAGUGGGACACGGUCACUCCUGAAGCAAAAGAUCUCAUCAACAAGAUGUUAACUAUAAACCCAUCGAAGCGCAUCACAGCAGCAGAAGCUCUGAAGCACCCCUGGAUAUCGCACCGUGCGACCGUGGCAUCAUGCAUGCACAGGCAGGAGACUGUGGACUGUCUGAAGAAAUUCAAUGCCCGGAGGAAGCUGAAGGGCGCAAUCCUCACCACCAUGCUGGCGACGCGCAACUUCUCUGGAGGCAAAAGCGGCGGCAACAAGAAGAAUGACGGCGUGAAGAAAAGAAAGUCCAGUUCCAGCGUUCAGUUAAUGGAAUCGUCGGAGAGCACUAACACCACCAUUGAAGAUGAAGACACCAAAGUGCGGAAGCAAGAAAUCAUUAAAGUAACAGAGCAGCUGAUUGAAGCAAUAAGCAAUGGUGACUUUGAGUCCUACACGAAGAUGUGUGACCCUGGAAUGACUGCUUUUGAGCCUGAGGCUCUGGGAAACCUUGUGGAAGGCUUGGAUUUUCAUCGAUUCUACUUUGAAAACCUGUGGUCCCGGAACAGCAAGCCCGUGCACACAACGAUCCUGAACCCCCACAUCCACCUGAUGGGAGACGAGUCGGCCUGCAUCGCCUACAUCCGCAUCACGCAGUACGUCGACGCGGGAGGGAUCCCCCGCACCGCCCAGUCGGAGGAGACCCGCAUCUGGCACCGCCGGGAUGGCAAAUGGCAGAUCGUCCACUUCCACAGAUCCGGGGCGCCCUCCGUCCUACCGCACUGAAGUGCGGGUCGGCCUGUGUUGGGUUUGUCACUGACUCACUACCAAGGGGAGACCCCCUCCAACUCUUCACCCAUGGGACUUUGGCUGUUGGCUCUGCUGCUUGUUUCCUGCUGGAAUUCCUCUUGCUUAUCACCAUGAACACGCAAUGGCCCCACUGACAUGACACACAUUGAACUGAAAUCUCCAUCCC